AUGUCUGCUACUGAGCCGACGGUCAACGACAACGCGUUGGAGAAGGAGACCACCAACGCUGCGGCCACCGACGCGACCAACGGUCCUCGUGCCCACCCUCAGAUGUCCCAUGAGGAAGAGCAGGUCGCUCGCGCGGCCGCUCGCUUUGGCUAUGGUCCUCUGGCCCACGUCAACACCGCCGAAAACCGUCUCCCUGCCUUCGGUGGUGAAUUCCAGCCUGGUCUGUACCGUCCCGUGUCGGAACGCAAGUUCGCCAACCCGGCUCCCCUUGGCCUCAGCGCUUUCGCGUUGACCACUUUCGUCCUGGGUUGUAUCAACAUGGGUACGCGUAACAUCAAGGAGCCCAGCCUCGUCAUCGGUCCCGCCUUCGGAUAUGGUGGUCUGGUGCAGCUUCUUGCGGGCAUGUGGGAAAUGGCGGUUGGUAACACUUUUGGUGCCACUGCUCUGUCCUCGUAUGGCGGCUUCUGGAUUGCCGUCGGCAUUAUCCUCACUCCCGGUGGAUUCAACAUCGCGCAGUCGCUCUCUGAAGAGGAGUUCCUCAACUCUUUCGGCCUGUUCCUGAUGGGCUGGUUUAUUUUCACCUUCGUGCUCCUGCUGUGCACCCUGAAGUCCACCGUGGCGUUCUUCUCGCUUUUCUUCUCGCUGGAUCUGGCCUUCCUGCUGCUGGGAAUCAGCUACCUCCGGCAUGACGGUGCUGCUCCCAACGCCCCGGUCAUGAAGGCGGGUGGCUUCUUUGCUCUGCUGGCUGCCUUCCUCGCGUGGUACAAUGCCCUGGCCGGUAUUGCGGAUACCAGCAACAGCUUCUUCAUUAUCCCGGUUGCUCACUUCCCGUGGUCCGAGAAGGGCCGUGAGCGCCGUACCAAGACGGAACGUGAGACGGCCUAA